AGUCGCCAAACACAUGCAACGGACAUGUAUUGAUUCGCCGUCCGCGUCGGUCAUUUGCACCUCGGCAUGCACCUCGGGCACUGGUCCUUGCUGGGGCUGAGGUGGUGGAGUCGGCUCAACCCAUACAUGCGCUGAACGAGAAGGCCGCUCUUGUGCUCAUCCCUGUCACCACCUAUGGACACACACAACAACAGCACGAUGACGCGCCAUCUUGGAUGAUGCCUUUGUGUAUGGGGGUGUUUGCUCUCCAUGGGUAUACGCACCUGCGGCGUGCUGCUGUGCUCGGGCGUCGCCCUCAUCGCCAGACAGUCCCUCCAAACCCUCAGAAUCAAGCUGCAUAACCCACACACACCGACACAGAGGGAAUCGAACGUUGGAGAGAGCGGUUCCCGUUGAUUGAGAUCAGACUCACACAGAGAGCUGCAGGGACGACAGACACAUAGACACUGACCAACCUACAAGCGACGGACGAGCGGCCGAUGGUUCAAUCCCUCGCCUUUGUCCGCAAACCAACACCAAUGCCCGCCAUUUCCCGACCCCCCACACGCCCGCUCUCAUUGCAGGAAAGCUCCCCACAGGCGUCUGCCGCUGCAGCAAUGUCAUCCACGCUGAUUCCCAU